UUAUCCGACCAUUGCCCUCAUUGUUGUGGCUGGCUGGCUGUCUCUCUGUCGGUGUCUCUCCCUCAUGAUGUGACAUUGGCUGUGAAUACUGCUGAUGCUGCCUAUGUGCUCUACCCAGGAAAUGCCCCCGUCUGGGUCCAAGCGCACAUGUUUGUAUGAGGACCAACUGCCAGAGCAUUAGCCUGCCGGCCUGCCAGUGCCAGAAGCUUUAGGACUGCGAGCGAAGUGGAUGUGAGGCUUGAAUGGGAAGUGAUGAGUUUGUAUGGCGCAGCAUUAGGUGGCAUCUAAAGCCUGUAUCAUUUUUGCUGUAAGCUCAGAUACCAAAUAUGGAGUCCCAUCCAAUGUGAUGUAUGUCAUUCCAUUUUUGAUCAUCAUGACACAUUUCAAUGUUAUCAUCCUCUUUGUCUGCAGGUGGCUGAAACAAAACCCCAACAAAAGCUAUUCUAAAGUUGUACUUAUGGUAUAAUGCUGUAAAAACUCUCACCAAGUAGUUCUGUCAAAUUAUAAUUUUUUAAAUCAGAAUAAUUACACCUUUAAAUUGUGAUUAAUCAGAGGUUAUUACUCGCUUGCAUUAUUUAAUCAAACUUUAAAAUUAGCCCAAUAUUUGGACACAAUUGCAUUUUUAUUGUUUUGCCUUUGUUUGUGGUUUCCCUAUGUUUAGUGUUUAGUUCUGUUCCCGGCGAACUUUUCCUCCCUUUGUUUACUUUCUGAUUGCUAGAAGCAUCUGAUUAGUGAUCAGGAAACUCACCGGCGUCUGAUCACCAAUCAUAGAGCUUUAUAUGCCAGUGCCAAUCUGCCUUCUGGGUGGGAUUAUUAUUCGCCACUGGCAACUGUUAUGAUUCUUGUAAUGCUAAGAGCAUGACAUCGCAUGUUAUCUUUCUGCAGAAGUUUAAUAAUCCUUUCUAUGGUUUCCAUUAACAACUGUUUGUGUAGGAGAUAUGAUUCAUGUCAAUCCACCUGGUGCAACAGCUCUCCAAAGUGUGAACACUUCCUUUUAACUUCAGACUAAUGAGCAGAUUUAACCUAAUGCAGGUGUUAGCUUUGGAAACUAAAAUGUACCGGGUAUAUACUUUUUUUCCUCAGAAUUGAAUGAUUCUAUGAUUUUCACUCAGUUUGAUCUAGAAAAUUAAACUGUUAUUACCACAAUUUAUAUUCUUGAUUUAUUUUAGUGUUUCUUGAAGCCAGAAAUGUGUACGGCGGGGAAAGGAGACGGCACAGACAACAGGGGCGUAUUACUAGCUCUAUGUAUGUAUGUAUGUAUGUAUGUAUUGUGGAGCAUCACAUUACCUCCGAACAGGUGAGAAUAGGCAGAGGGCCAGCCAUCACAAGGAAAGCAUGCACCAGGCAGUCAAACUACGCCAACCUCUAGGUGUGGUCAUUGAAGGCAAGUACAUCUCUAAUUUUAUUCUCAAUCAGGCUGAUGUGUGGCCACCUGCCCCAAGGCAGCUGUGUCAGGUUGGCAAUCACUGUGUUUGAUUUAAAUAGCACCUCAGCGUAUGACUCAUUGUGUGGCUGGCUCCCUGCUGGGAAAGGUCUGCUCCCAUCGGGCGGAAUAUGUUGCUGGCAGAGAUUUGGCAAAACUAUAAACGUCGUCUGCCUUCUGCAUUGUAUCAGGAGGGCAUGGUACGGAUAGGAGAUUUUCUCGCUGGAUUAAAGUUGUAUCAGCUGGCUCUGUCCCAAGGCUACGGUCUGCACCUGAUUCAGUUCUGCUCAACCAGUAUAAGUGACAUUAGAGAUCUGGACCACUUCCUGGCCUGCUUCUUCCCUGAAGGUUUUGACACAGACCAAGCUAUCUUUAGCAUGAAGGUCCGUUCAAUGCUGGGCUGUGCAUUGUGCAUAUUUGAGUUGGAGAAAAGGCCCAUGGUCCUCAGUGAGAAGGGGCUUUCAAAACUGCUGGAUGUGCUGAAAUUCAUCAGGAUAAUGAUGCAGGCUUUUCAGCCACACGAGCACCUCUGUUGGCAGAUUUAUAAUGGUACUUUGCACAUCUACAGCAUCUGCCGCUACCUGAUGACAGUGAAUCAUAAUGCAAAGGCACUUGAGUACCUUUUGUGGUCAAGCCUGAGUUUAGAGCCAUACAUCCAUGUCAUGACUGCUAAACAUCUUCCAUGGAUUGUCACACUCUACUGUGCUGUAUGUCACUGUUACUAUGCCAACCAGGUUUCUCUGCAGGCAGAGGAAUUUGCCAGGAGAGCUCUUGGAAAAAUCAAUGACCUCGCGGAGCAGGACAAGCAGGAUGGUGGUCCUGCCACUCAAGAGACUCAGAUGACUUAUAGAGAGGCCUCUAUCAAGCUAGCCACCCAGAUGUUCAAGCGUGCCGUGUUUGAGACCAGGAGGAAACCCAAGCAUUAUAUCACAAUCAAGACCAAAACUACCCUGAAGGACUUUCCAAAUAUACCAUGGCCUCGUAACGCCACAGAGCGAAUGCUGAUGGGCCUCUUUGACUGCAGUGCAGCCCAGUUCUUGGGCAUUUGUGAAGCUCUGUGGGACAGUUCCAUGCGCCCGCUGCAGACGAGGAUACCGGAUGAACUGGAGUUGCAAGAAGUGGUCCUGGAACUCUUUUCUGCUGGCAUUUGUAUAUUAUCUGGAGUGGCUAGUACUAGUGAUCAAAAGCGUAACGAUCAGCCAUGUGUGCCUCUCAGUGCGCUGACCACAACAACGACACUAAUGGAAUUAGCAAUUGCGGGAGAAAACAAAGUGCCCAUCACUGCUGCCGUGAGGUUCAUUAAGUUGAUGUAUCAGUACAAGCAACCGGAAGCUUUUGCUGAACACACCAGUCCGAUGCUGCAGAUUCUGUCUGCGGUGGAGGGCCCUUCAUUCAGGAAGGCAGAACAUGAACUCAACUUAAUCAAUGGUUUCAACACUCUUAAGGCUUACCAGAGGCGAAGGAUUAAAGAGGACGUCAACACUGAAAGAAACAAGUGGUGCCUUGAUGGUAUCAUUAUCCUGACAGAGACUAUGCACAAGGCUGUUUGUGGUUAUGCCCCUAAGGCACGACCAGAUGUGGAACUGGUUUGGGAUGUUUUGCUCUUUCUGUGGGGGAAGCUGAAGUUGGUGAUAGUGAUGGAUGAGCUCACAAACCCAGAGCUCACAAAGGACCACGACAAGUGGGCAUGGUGUCUAUCCAUGCAGUGUGAUGUGGCCUUCGCCUGUGACCUGGCAACAAUUGACUGCUUAAAGACAGCUGAGAUGAUCCACAGCGUGGUCUUACUGCUAGAGAGUGCAGCUGAUCGCAAAGUCAAAAGUGAUGGUGAAAAGACAGUUUCCCUUCUUCAGGGGUCAUGUAAAGAUCUUCUUAAGAAGGUGUGUGAGGUAGUGGCAAUGGGUUUCCAGGCUCUGGUCAAGUGUGUGGUCACACUAAUGCCCCAAGAUGGCUCUGCAGUCACCGAUGCAGCUUACCUGAAGACAGAGGAGGGAAGCAAAGAGGAUAAAAGAAAUGAAGAAAAUGACUCAGAUUUUAAAGAGUCUCGGUCCAGCCCGUCUUCACAAAUGUCCUCGCUUGUCAUGGACCUUCUUCUUGAACUAACCAUUGUCCACCAUCGGGCUUCUCUUAAGUUAACACAACUGAAUGAAGGCACAGAGUCUGAUCUGUUGGACAAGAUCAAGAAGAACAAAGUGUCCAAAGCACUUUUUCUGACUCAGAAAGCUUUGCUGGUGUAUGACAGGAUAAAGUCAAAGGAGUCCAGUGACAUCAAGAGUCUUUUAGAGGAAGCCUGCACUUUAAUAGAGAAGGCAGGGAUAGAAGAGAGAAAACUGUACAUUGCCAACAACCCAAAGUAUACACUUGAAAAUGAAGGCAACAUUGUGGGGGAAGAGAAACAGGAAAGCCCUCCCCCUCCUCCUAUUUUGAUCUACCGCACUAACCACUCCUUCACCUUUGCUCCUGCACCGUACCAUAUGGAGGAACAAGUUUGCUGGUAUCAACUCUGUGGCCGUGCAGCUGAGGGCAUCAACCUUAAAGUUCGUCUUGGAGACUGCAGCCUAGCAGGAACUGGAAAUUUUGUACCAGCAGUCUCUGGCGAAUGGGAGCUGAAGGUGGAGGGGCUGGAACCCAACCAGAAGUAUGUUUUUGCUUUAGCGGCAUACAACAGUCAAGGGAAGUUACUGGGAAACAACAUAGGAGGGACGAGUGUCCCACUGAUGGCAUCCAUGCCGCAGUCACUGCUCUCCACAUGGGCUCAUUUGGCACAGGUGGCAUUCCACACCAAACAAUACACCAUCGCAAAGAGCGCCUGUAAAGAAUUAUGGGAACACUACACCCUCCCUGAUAGUGGGCCACAGAGCCCACGGAAAAGAAUUGCUUCAACAGGGCUGCAUUUAAAGGCUCUGGAAAGCUCAUCUCCUCUCCUGUGUCAGCUCUUCCUCACGUCUAUCUUCAUUGAGACAGACAUCAACAUACAGCAGCAUUCUCUUCUCUGUGACUGGGGCAGCAUCUGCGGACUAUUUGUCUGGAAACAGGAGGCCAGACUUGAGGAAUGUGAACGCUUACUGGUGGCCAUGGACUUGGCUAUGUGGUUGAAUGACAGCAUCUUUGCCAUUCAAGCUGUAGUAAGCUGUUAUACCCUCUUGGUUCCAUUCAUCUUCUAUCAAAUCCCUUGUGAUCAUGCAAUUGAGUUGCUCACCAAAUGCUUAACAGUUUUGAAGGAUAAUGAACCUUAUCUCAAACAAAAAUGGCCCAGAAACACAGUGAAAUACCUUAUGCACAUGAUUGCCUGUAUAACCAACUAUCUGUCUAAGGCACUGCGUUCAGUGAAGGAGCACCGUAAGGCGGCCAUGGUGAUUGACAGUGGCCGUGCUCUUCUCCAAGACAUCUUUGAUGCCCAGGAGCGAAUCAUUAAACCUCCCAACAAAAAUGUGUCGUUAAAGGCAGAGGAUGCUGCUGCAGCAAAAGUCGAAAUUAAAACAAGUCUGCAGCUGAAAGAACUAUAUGGGAAGUACACAAAAACAAUUCCAAUAGAAGCAGCUCCUGCCGCUGUAAAUGAGAUAUCACUCUCUCUGACUGGUUAUGAGGAUGAUGCCAUACUGCGUGAGCGGCUCCUCAGCAGCGCUCUAAAUGACGCCUAUGAAUACGUGAUGCAGCUCAGCAGCCAUACAAAUUUUAUUGAGUAUUCGGCACUACUACUUCAGAGAGCCUUGGAAGAAGGACACCUGGGACUUGUGCUACAAUGGGGGCAAUCCAUAUUUGAGUUUCUAGCCAGGAGAGAUGAUGUACCGGAAAAAGCCACAGAUAGCCAGUGUGAUAAAGAAGAAACUAUUGAGCCCACUGUGACAGAGAGCCCAUCUUCCCAGAGCACAGUGUCUCAGAAAACUACUACAAAGAAACGGAAGUCUAAACUUCGAAGGGGUGCGCUUCUGAGUGCUAGAACUGCCAGGGAGCUACAGGCCGUGGAGAGGCUGCUGGCCUCAUUGAGGGUUGCCAUUCAGCGCCAACAGAGGAAGCUUCAACUGAGGCAAACUUCCUCUGAGGAGCGAGUCUGGAGGUCUCAGCUGAACUACUGCAUCGCCCAAGCACAUCUGACGAUAUUUGAGUGGGAGUUGCACCAGUUCAACGAAGGAUCCCUGCAGUCCAGAUUCAGUCACCUAAAUCCAUCAAGUUUCUUUCUGGCCAACUCUGGGUUUCUGAUAAAGAAUCACUCCUGGGAACCGCCUAUCUCUAAACCCGAACCUUCUUUAAACUCUUCAGACUCUAAUUUGUCAGAUGACACGUCCAACAGAGACUGGGAUAAAAAGGAUGAUGAUGGUUCUGUUAUGGUGAGUUUUGACUGGUCCCAAGAAAACUCUCAAGAGCUAGAGGAACAGAGAACGGCUUGUAAAAUUCUAUUGGAAUCGCUGGAGAAAGCUGCCUUGUAUCUACGCAGGGCUAUGGUGUUGGCCCACCGCGGAAGUCACUGGACAAUCCUGCAGAAAGUGUGUCACACUGUGUGGGAAGAAAGCAGCAGAAUUAUAGCUUUAGAGCGGACAGCUACUCAGCUUCAACCUCCCUUCGUGGUUUCAUUGGAGGACUUGCAAAAUAUUUUCACCCCUCUAUUAGUACAUGCAACAGAUCUUAUCAUAGACAUGCUCAGCAGAUUGGGACUGUGGCGUUUGUAUGACAACGUAACCGAGGAGGAACUGGAACUCAAUCUCUCUUUCACAGCCCCACUGGAUGACUGCACCCAGGUGGACAUGCGUUGGGUUCGCUCUUUGGUGUUGCACACUCUUGAGCUGCUCCAUGACAGGGGCAAAUGGGAACACCUAGCGCACUUUGCCUUACUUUUCAACUCAUACACCUGUGACCGAUACGCCUUGACAGUGACUCCCCUCUUGGUCCUGGCCCAGAAGAAGCUGCUUGAAAGGAUUAGUAACAACAGAGGGCCAAGGGUCCCACAACCACACCAUGUGAAAACCCAUUGGUUCACUAACAAAGAGGUAACAUACAAGACUUAUGCAGGCUGCCAGCUGUUCAGUGGAUGGGUACCUCAUCUUAUUCGGCACCCAUCAAGCCACAACAAUGCUUCGGACGCCAGUCCCCCGAAUGAAACUGAGCUCAUAGAUGCAGAAAUGAAGCGCUCUCAGGCCCUUGUGUGUGUCCCACUGGAUGUGGAGAACACUCUGCAUUAUUACCGUCAGUCUGUUGAGAGAGUACCACAUUGUCUCCAAGUGUUCCGCUAUAGUCGAUCUUUACUGCUGCUGCACCUUGCCAAUAAACAAGCAGGUUUUGAAAGUGAAGAAUGCUUACCAGGAGAGAUUGAUUUUAAUCCCAUACUAAUGGCCACACCAAACAUCCAGCCUUGGAACCUGAUCGACAACCACUAUGUUACUCCCAAGACUCUCUACAAUAUCCCUAUAAGCCCCGACCACUUGCCCAAAGUCAUCUCUACAUACAUUGCAUCCACAAAAUAUCUCCAGACAAAGAGCCAAGAAUCUCUCAGAGUAUUUGCACUGCAUGAAAUGGGAAACCUGCAUUUCUACGAUGGAAACCCACGGAUGGCACACACUUGCUGGAGUAAAGCUGUUGAUGCUGCUUUACAGAGCUCAGAGGUGAUAGAUCGAUGGGAUGGGGCAACUUUCGCGGGUGGCACACUGCAACAAACUUUAAAACAGGCUGGCAUUUGGGGAUGUUUACAGGCAGCGGUGCUUGCUGCUAAGAUUGCACAGUAUAUUCUAACUUCAGAUAUCGGCCAGAGGACCAUGUGCUCACUCUUGUCUGCUCACCUUUUUAAGUGUGUGCUGUGUUGCUCCUUGGCUCACCCCCUCGAUGACCUCCAGUAUGCUUCAUACAGCAUCGGAGAUGAACUACUCCCCGGGAUUGACCUUUUCUCAGAACAUCACAGGGCCGACCUCGGGAAUACUGUCGCCAGCCUGAACUUUAUCUGCCAGUGGCUGUACAUCGCAGGCUAUCAUAUAGCGCUUCUGCCCAUGCUAGCCCUUUAUCAGCAUCUUGUCGGAACUGUAUGCAGAGACGCUGAACGCACAAUUGAGGGCAAAAUUCUAAAGAUCCGCACUCUCACUGAAUUAUGGCUCUUCUCUGAGGCCAUAAAGGAGGCACUGAAGCUCUCACAAGGAGUGGGGAUUCUUCUCCCUAAUGGACGUUACAUCACUAAUGAGUUCCUUCAACCUGGGAAGAUGUUUCAUAACAACAGGCCACUUCUGGACAAUGUUCAGGCAUUGGAGGAGCUUUUCAACUGUGAGCUUUCUCCAGAGGUCAGCACUCUUUUCGGAUCCACACUGGGGCUCCGAUUUAACCUUGCAAUUGUUCAAUUCAUCCUGAUGCUCAGCAACACUGUGCAAGGCCCUCCUGAGCCAGAUCCACAAGAAAGAACAUUUACUAACUUUAGCUACACAGGAAAUGCUGAUAACCAUGAACAAAACCAAACACGUUCUGAGGAGAAUAAAAACCCAAAAGCGAGAGUACUAUUUGAUUCACAGCAAAAUCUCACACCAGAAAGGUUAAAGUACCUCCUGCUGGAAGAAGCUCACCUCCAAUUGGACUCCAUAUUGCAAAACCUCCCAUCUCCGUCCCACAGUGAAAUUGAGAACCUGGAAUUCAAAAUAGAGGCCAAUCUACUCAAAGCCAAUCUCUACAUGCAGCAAGGACAUGUUGCACUGAGCUCUGAAAUGGCAGUGGCAUCACUGGUGCUUCUGCAAGACUUAAAAGCACCUGUACUGGAUCACGAGAAAUCAACACUUGCUGGGAUUGAAAAUGAAAAGGACACCGUAGAUUGCGCGCAGCAUGAAGACUGCCCCAGAGCAGUUGAGGCCAGUGAGCGGGUCGGAGGUGUUUUGUGGCUACGUUGCCGUGUGGCUAUGUUCCGCUGCCUCGCAGCACAGGACCCUGAUGCCGCAACUCCACAUUCAAAUAAAAUUCAUGACAAGACGGCUCAGGUGUUAAAGCAGAGUCUGGACGACUGUACUCUUUUGGGAGAUGUCGACCUUAAAGCCCUUUUGAUGGUAGAAGGUGCACAGUUAAAAGCAGAACGAGGCAGGGUGGAUGACAGCGUGGCACUGUUGCAGGAUGCCGUGAGCCUACUGUCAGGACGACCUCGUAUGCCACCAGGAUCCGAUAUGACUUUAAUUAGAGCCACAUUACUCCUCAGCAGCCUGAAAGUAACACAAAGUGCCAAACUAAUAAAGCUGACGCAUAAACUUUUGCAAAAGAAGCUGUUCGAGUUUGGUGAGAGUGUUGUUUUUAAUGAUGGGGAAAUGUGCAUUUCUUCCCCCGGGCCCAAAAAUGUCUAUCUUCCUUACCUCUAUAUGUUAAAUCAAACAACCUAGCAAACAAGGUCAUAAUUUGGAUUUUUGCAUGCUGUGACAUCUAAUGCACAUGCAUCAAACUUUAAUUUGAAAAAAACAACAACAUCAUAACUCCUUUUGUAAAAAAUAGAAAUAAA